CUGUCUCACCGUCUUGUAAAGUAAACCCUGCAUCUAGUUUGUUAAAGUGUGGAUGAUCCAUCAUGAAGAAGCUGGUGUUUCCACUGCUGGGAGCGAUGGUCCUCUCUCUGUUUGUGUCUGCUGCAGCCGACACACAAUCUGACACACAGGAAGACAAAACAUUUCCAGAGAAUGAAGGAAUUUUGCAGCUCCACAAGGGAAACUUCAAAAUGGUUCUGAGAAAACACAAGCAGCUUUUGGUGCAUUUCUAUACUCCGCUGACAUCAGAAGGCCAACGUGUGGCAGCCGCAUUUGAAGCCGCUGGUGCAGAGCUACAGGGGUCAGAGGUCAAACUAGCAGUCAUCGAUGUGACAAAAGAAAAAGAAUUGGCAAAGAAGCUAAAUGUGAGCAGUCAGCCUACAAUCAGACUCUACCUCGCUGGAGACAUCAACAGUCCAGCUUCCUGUCCAGUUCCUCAGAGCUCAGCUUCCAUCUUGAUCUGGCUACAAAGGAGGGCUGGAUCACCUGCUGACCUCAUCAUAGAUCUCAGCCAAUUAGAGGCCUCAGACGAUCUAACAGUGGUUGGUUUCUUCAAGGAGCUGAACCACGAUUACGUUCAGGUGUUCUACGCCACAGCCAUUGACCUUCCUGACGUCCGCUUCGCUGUGAUACAGAAUGACGAAGACUUCGGCAAAUACAGUGCUACUCAGGAUAUUGUUCUUCUGCUCAAAAAAGUACUGAUAGGACAAAUAAUACAUCAUUAACUGGUGUAUACACAAGAAAACUAGAAUGAA